ACAGGGUCCCAGCGGACCCAAACUCUGUUCGAGUGAGUGGGUCUGGCGCUGACGCUGCUCCCGUGCCUGGCAGGGCGCUCUGCCGAGGCAGAGGUGACACAGCCCCGGCUCACGAAGCUGUCCCUGGCGCUGGGGACAGGAACGGGGGGAGCUCGGAGCCACGGGCAACAGGCGAUGUAAACAGAGCCGGGCUGGGGCGGCACGUCCGUCCGCGCACUUGGGUUCUUACCACCUCCGUUCUCUUUAACGUGGCACGGUCAAAACCAGCCAGGAUGGAGAUGAGCAGGGGGAAGGCAGUCAGAAAAGCGACCCCCGAGGGAAGAUCGGAGCCAGAAGGUGGAUUAGGAUCUCCGGAGCGGGCGGCGGGCGCGGGGGAGGCUGCGAAGGCGGACCGGCAGCUGCCGCGCCGCCGCAGAUGCUCCAGAAGGGGGCUGAGUGAAUACAAGAGAAACUUCAAAUGGAGAAGCCCAGAGUUCUGUAGCCCGUCCCAAGAGCAGAAAUCCUUGUGGGCUGGACUUCGGUCGGAUCAGUUUGGAAUCACAAGAGAACCAAAAUUCAUUUCCAAGAGAAGGGUACCUUACCGUAAUCCACAGAUUUCAAAGUCUCUUGAAUGGACAGCAGAUUGUGAUUUGAAUGACCCACUGGAAACUGAAGCUGCAGAGUUGCACGCUGACUACAACAACAAUAAAGUGAAUCAGGAAAAACUUGAAACACCUGAAGGACCCAGACUCCCCCCAGAAGUUCAGUCACAUGUGGUAGAUUCUAGUGGUGAAAUAGCUCUUGCACUUGCAGAGAACAACAUGAAGAAAUCACCCUCAGAAGCUUCACCAAAUCAAAAUGAAGCAUUUUCAUCUCCAAAAAAGGAAUCGGAAAAAAUGGGUAAUGGGUUUCACAGAGCCCUUCAGAGGAAAACAAACAUAAUUAUCCCCAGAAAUUCUGAAUAUCAAAGCCAGUUUGUCUGGAAGAGUCCUCAUGAAAAGUCACCAAUACUUGCAGCUGAACAGCUGAUUUGCAACACAAAGAAAUCCGUACCUCCGGUUAAACCUCCUGCCAUUACUUCUGAAACUGCAAAUGAGAGAAAUUCCAAAGGGUCUCCUCCUGUUAAGAGUCCACGAGAGACAGGUGGUUCAGAAGAGAAAGAAUUCCUGAGUAAGAGGGAAGAACCGUUUCAAAAACCAGCAGAAGAUGCAGCAAAACAAGGGAAAUCAGAACAGAAACAUCCUAAACAAAAUAAUAAGCAACAUAUCAGUCCAAAGCCCCUCACUUUACAUACAAGUCGUGGGAGGAUGAACACCGAAUAUAGGUCAAAAUUUUUGUCUCCAGCCCAGUACUUGUACAAAGACGGAGUUUGGUCUCGUAUUAAGAGUAAAGCUCACAGCCAGGCAUCUCAAAACACCUUAAAUUCCAUGUGGUAUAUGGAGGUGAGAGAGCUUCGAGAAAGAGCAAAAGCUUACAGGCAAAGAGUAGAGGGAACACACUUCUCCAGAUACCAUUUCAAUCAGAUCCUGUCUGAUAAUAACAGUCUUUGGGAUGUGUCCUCAACUUCCAGUUCAGAAGAAGGAAUCAGCAACAACAUCAGAGCACUAGAUCUUGCCGGUGUUUCUGAAAAAGAGGCUGCACCAAGCCCUGAAGUGCUACAGCAACCUGACUCCAGAGAACAACCACAUCAGGACAGCACACAGAAAGACAUGUCAGAUGCUUUAACUGUUCCAGUCAAAAGACGUUUAGUUUGGGAUGAACAAGAAGGUACUGAAGAAAGAAAAAAUCAACAAUUAACAGAAGAGAAAGAGGAAGAAAAGCCAGAUGAGCACGCUGCAGUCGUGGCCCAGCAAUUAGAAGAAAACAAUAAGGAUGCUAAAGAAGAUAAGAAAACUGAAGGUGAGAAUGCCUUAAUAUUGAACACUUCUGCAGCUGUGUCAGAUUCUUCUGAAUCUUCAAGGAGAGGCAGCAGGACCCCAAGGACUCAUCAUGAUCGCACUACCCGAGCUGUUGGAGGUACUGUUCUAGUAUCUGCUUCUAAAGUCAAGUCUUCAUCUUCACCUCAGAGAAAACAAAACUUAUCAACAAACCCUACAAAAAAAAGGUCCUCCCAGCCGGAUGGGAAAAUGGAAGCCCUCUUUAACUCUGCACCUGCUGGGCUGGGAUCUGUGGAUCCUCUGCCACUUAGGCAGGAUCUGUUACCUUCUAACAGGGUUGCUGAUGAACAAGUUCCUCUAGCUUCAGCCCAUCAGGAGGAGUCAAAGUCAGCAAAAAGGUGCUCUGUGCCUUGCUGGAGUCCCUCUCAUCGUAUUCAAGGGACUCUUAAGGAUCCAGAAUUCCAGCAUAAUGGGAAUCUUGGCAAUCCAAAAGUGAGAACUUUCCAAUUGCCUCUUCGGGAAAGAAACCGUAAUGAUGAAGACGACAGGUUGUCUCAGAUUUCUGCUCGCUCGGCAGCAUCUAGUUCUCUUGCAUCUCAGAUACUGGAACGAGCUCAGAAGAGGAAGGAUUUCUGGGGCAAGGCAUAGUUUCUCCUUCCUGUUGUGUAGAAACUACUCUGUAAAAUGAUGUAUUUUGUAUAGCUUGUAAUGUACAUUUUAAGAAAUUGUGAUUGUAGGUUUCGCACAGUAUCCUUUCACUUACCAUUGAUAUGGCCCAAAUUUUAGGACUUGCCAUCCCAGUUGAAAAUACUGAUGAUGUUGAAAAUUAAUGUUCUUUAUAUAUGAGAGUUAGGUUUUAAUUCACUAUGUUAGAACAGUCUUGUGAGGCUUUACUUUUUUUUUACAGUGGCACCUUUUGAACCUGAGAUAAUAAUUUUUUUAUGGAACCUGUGUGUGGCUUUUCAAGGUAUUCUGCUGCAGUCAUGCAGUAUGACUUGGAACAGUAUUCAGGGGCAAUACCAUCGUUCACUAAAUACCUCUAUUGCUUUAUUUUAUCAAGUUAUCUUAAGGGCAGCUGUAGUGUAUGUGUUUAUGUUACUGUAUGAAUUGUCAGCAUAACACAGCACUGUAAUAAAGAGUUGCUUUUACUACUUACUGCUUUUAACCUUUUACCGAAAAAUUCUUAUUUCUUAAUGACACUGACAUAGAGUGUCAUUAACUGUAAAACAAACAAGGGUUUAAGAAAAGCAAAGCAUUAUGGUUUGUUCGUUGUCCACAGGUUUUUGGCCAGGAUGACUGUCAGAGUUCAGAGUGUACAGUACUGCAGUUUGUCAGCUGUACUGAUAUGAAUGCUUGUCUUGUAGACUAAGACCCAUGUUUAGUGCUAAUUUCAGCUUCUCUAGAAAAAGCAAAUUCAUCCACCUUAGCCAGUGGUGUUCCUAUGUUCCACUUCAAACUUGGGUAUUUAGGACUAGUGAUUUCUUUAAGUAAACUUAAAAGAAUGGUUUUUCUUCUUGACUUUGAUAUUUUAAUUACCUCUUAUCUUAGUUUCCUGUUUCAGGGAGACUGAUAGCAUUAUGAUUGUCACAGUGAAAACUGUUUGUAAUUUAUACUGACAGCUCAUUUUAUCUUUACAAGUGAUGCAGACAAGUUAAAAUGAAGUAGAGGAAAUAGGUGGCUUGCAAGCAGUUUAGUUGUGUGUGGCUUCAGGUUUUAAUACUACUUAAUUUGAAAAUUUUAUACAAGAACAAUUUGAAAUUUGUACACACUUGAUUGCAUUUUGAUUUUGUAUGUAAUUAUGUAUGCAUAUUACUGAAAAUAAAAGUGGUGGUUUGUUUUGUUUCUAUUUAAGUUAUGCUGGAUAAUUUGGCAGAGCCUAUUACAUUGGUAGUUCCCUGUUUAGUUCUGUGUUUCACCUAUUCAGCUGGAAUAUCUGCAGACCUAAGAAAGACAAGAUACCUCAGAGCUGAUCUUCAGAAAGAGUAAUUUAUUGAAGCUAGAUAUGUUGACCCUAGAAAUCAUAACUGACUACAGAUAUUUUAAGUGGUGACUCAAAGCAGAUGGGUGCCACACAGGCUGGAAAGGCUGCGAUGCCCAAAGGGUCAGUCCCCAACAAAAAAACAGUGAGUAAAUUAGUGCUGUCCAGUACUGAUGAUGUUUGAAAAGGGUGUUCCCUUCUUCCAGAAAUUGUAUGUUACAGUAGCUUCCUACCAGUGGAAUUGUUUGAAACAACUUUUAUUUUAUCUCAAGGGCUUCUGGGAUUGUUCUGUGGUGUGCAUUUAACGUGAAAGUUAUAAUUAAUCACAAAAUUUCUACUGAAAGGGAAAGUAUGCAACAGCUUUUAUGAAAAUUCCCAUUUUUCCUCCAAAAUGAUAGUUUUAUAGUGGAAAACUUGAUGGCUAAAAGAGGAAGUAUUUUUGUUCAGGAUGGUAUGUUACUGAUGUGGAUGCAUAAAUUUUGCUGUGUCUAUCUACAUUAUUCAUAUCAGAAUGUUCUUGUUUUCCUAGCCAAGAGUGCUGAUCAUCCAUUAUUUCUCUGUCAUACCUGUUAAUUGACUUUCAUUAACUGUGUUCUCUUUCUUUGUUCUAUAUUUGCCUGGGUUUCAUGGCUAUCUGUCAAGCUGUGCAGGUCUGAUUUUAAGGCCUGUAAGUCAUAGAUAUUAUAACACCAUAUGUGUCAGUUUUGCUUAUAGUGUUGUAUGUACUGGUGCAGGUGAAUCUGGUACAUCUAGCUGUGAAUUUGUUAGAUGUGUGCAGUAUAGUACAUGUAUAUUGAUUUCUGCCAGGGAGAGAGUAGGUAUGGGAAAGGAGGGAGGCAUUUUUGUUGCAUAGGGGUACACACCAAUUUAGGUACUAGAAUGAAAUGAAAGUUCAUGGUUUCUCACACAUCACUGGACAUUAUUUCCCAUCUGAACAACUUUUAGUAUUUGACUGAAAUUUUUUAAUUGUAUUUACUUUUGGACAGGAGUUUUUGAAGGGAAGU